AUGGAGUAUUUGACUAAGCGUCUGCAGUUGGUAGCCAAUCAAUCGAAUUUUAAGUAUCACCCUAUGUGUAAGAGUCUCAAGAUGAUAAGUCUCUGUUUUGCGGAUGAUCUGAUGUUGUUUUGUAAGGGGAACUUAAGCUCGCUACAGGUGUUGAAGAGUAUUUUAGAUGAGUUUAGUGCCUCUUCAGGGCUAGCAAUCAAAGCUAACAAAUCUCAACUCUAUUUUGGAGGGGUGAAAGAAGAGGAAAAACAGGUUAUGUUGAGAGAAAUGAGUCUUUUAGAAGGGCUCAACUCAUUAAUUCAGUAUUGUUGGGGGGCUCCGCAACAACUGGAUGAACAUCUUCAUCUUGCCGCAUAUAGUAUCACAAGGGAGAUCGAGAAGCUAUUUAGAGGUUUUCUAUGGGAUUGGAAUGGUCAUAGAAGUAAGCUUCAUGUGGCUUCGUGGGAAAAAGUUUAUCUUCCUAAGAAUUAUGGAGGGUUACGAUUCAAAGAUAGGGUCAAAUGGAAUCAAGUUGUCCCCAAAUAUAUUUGGGCCAUUUCUUCUAAAACAAUUGCAGGGGCUGGUGUGGAUCGGCUCAACUCUAAACUGUUGUAUAACAGCAAGUUGCUGCAAUUUGAAUACGAAAUCAGCAACAAUGUGUGGAGCAGCUACAAUAUGCCGAAGCACAGGUUUAUUUUCCGGGUGUUGACCAAUAACCAACUGUUAACCAGGGACAAAUUUGCUCAGUUCAAAAUCACCCUUGACAGUAUUUUAUGUCCGGUCUGUGGUGCUAAAGCUGAGACAAACGACCAUUUGUUCUUUGCUUACUGUCUUUCGCAGCAGGUUUUAACUUAG